AUGGUUCAAAAAAUUGAAUUUGCUGAGUUAAUGAAACGAGACGAAAAAGUAGAAAAGUUGCAAGAAAAGAUUAUCAAAGAACAUCAAGAGAAGAUUAAAAUUUUGGAGGAUAAUUUAAGUUCAGUUGAAAAAAAAAUGUUCGGCAUAACGGAGUCAAACAAAUUUGAUAUUAAGAAAAAAGAAUUGGAUGAUAAAGAGUCUGUUUUAAAAGUAUUUGAGGAGAUUGGCGCUGAUAGCCUUAAAAUUGCAAGAAUACAUCGUUUUAGAAAAAACAAAAAUAAUAAAAAUCCUAGCCCGAUAUUAGUCGAACUUUCAAGCAAAGAACUUCAAAGCAUUGUGCAUAGUUUUACAAAAGGCAGAAGUUGCACCACUAAUCUCCUAGAGUACAUGGAUAUAGUAACAACAGGUGUUGCAAAUUGUAAAUCGUUUGACAUCCUUUAUACUGAUUUUAAAAAAGCUUUCAAUAAAGUUUCACAUAGGAGAUUAGCACUAAAACUUGAAGCAUAUGGAAUUACAUUUACGUCAUUGAAGUGGAUAAUUUCUUUUUUAACUGAUACGAAGCAAAGAGUUGUACUUGGAGAAAGUGAAUCAUCAUGGGUAGACAUAGUAAGCGGUGUACCACAAGGUUCUGUGCUUCGUCCAAUUUUAUUUUUAAUAUACAUCAAUGAUCUUCCAAACUAA